AUGCAAGUUGCCCGAAAUGCAGGUCUCCCAGUUCCAAGGGUGAUUUGCUAUAGCGCGCACCCUGAUACACCCCAUGCACCGGUUUCAAUCCUCAUGACUCGCGUGCCUGGUGAAGCAUUGGGUCGAGUUUAUGAAGUAUUCAGUGACGAGGAUCGAAAUUUGGUUUUAGAAGAGCUUAGAGCUUAUCUGGAGAUCAUGCGGGUGUGGUCGAGUCUAUGGGGCGAGCUGAGGAUUUGUUCUCUUCCAGGUACCUCGAUAAGGAGUGCUCACGCUCCUGGUCAUUUUUCUGGUCCUUUUGAGUCAGAGGAUGAUUUGAAUAAGUAUCUCGUACGGCCUGCUUGGUCGGGUGGGUUCUCAUCGGAUACUGAAUACGAGGAUGCACUUGAUCGUGCCAAAAGAUGGGAAGCUUAUUUGAAGCUUCAUAACAUUCUGGUGAAGGAGGGCAAGAUCACUGGUUUUUUGGAUUGGGAAUCGGCAGGUUGGUAUCCUGAAUAUUGGGAUUUUACUACUGCUUUGAGGUUCACACAGGAAGACUUUUGGUGGUACAGCUUUGUGACCGAACUUGGUGGUGAAUCAUAUCUAGCAGAGCUAGAUUGUGAGGAGGUGUUGACUUCUUUAACAAGUGCUUCUUAUUACUGGUGA